UCUCUUAAAAUCAAAUACAAUCUCUUAAAAUCAAAAGCUAAAGAUUUUAUCGUUGAAUUAUUAUUCAUGAUCUUUGAAUAAUAAUCUUUGACUUAUGCAGAUGGUUAUUUUCAACACUCCCCCUCAAGUUGAGUAAUGGCAUUUCCGAUACUUAACUUGUCUAGAACUUCUCUGAAGACUUUUGUGUUUACAGCCUUAGUCAAUAUGUCAGCCAACUGUUCAUCCGAUCGUAUGAAAGGAAGUUCAAUGAUCCCACUAUCGAGCUUCUCUUUGAUGAAAUGCCGAUCGAUCUCCACGUGUUUGGUUCUGUCGUGUUGUACGGGAUUUUCAGAUAUACUAAUCGCAGCUUUAUUGUCACAGAAGAGCCGACUUCCCCUUCUUGGAGGAAAGCCAAUCUCUGGCCACUACUUUCUGUUUUUUGCUUCUCCAUGUGACCAAGUUUCCUCCAACGAAGGUAAAAUAUCCGGCGGUAGAUUUCCUAUCAUUUGGGUUACUGGCCCAAUCUGCGUCUGUAAACCCAUCAACUUCCAAAUCUUCCUUUUUUUCAAGCAAAAUCCCAUAAUCAGUGGUUCCUUUCAGAUACCGGACAAUUCUCAAAGCUGCCUCCAUAUGCUCCUUCUGGGGUUUGUGCAUAAACUGACUUACUAUUCCAACUGCAUAUGUGAUGUCGGGCCGUGUAUGGGAGAGAUAGAUGAGUUUCCCAACAAGGCGCUGGUAUUUUCCUUGAUCUGUUAAGUCAGCUCCCUCAACAAUUGUUAAUCCAUGAUUUAUCACAAUCGGUGUUU